AUGAAGUCAAGUGUGCUGCUGUCUGUCUUUCUGUUUCUACUCUGCCAGUACUACUGUUCCGUCGAACUUCCCCUCGGUCCAAAACUCCGCCUAGUCUUUGUACUACCCAGUAACCACUGUUUGAUUGAGAACCAGGUCUUUGAUGUUGUGCAGUCGAUGUGGGCUGCCGUCCGGUACAGCACCAAACGCACCAACGGUCUCAUUCGACCGGCUGAUGUGGGCAUUCUGGUACACGUAAUUCCCGGUUGCUCCCUGCUGGAAGAGAACCAGGUGGCGAACAUUGCUGAAUUUCUGCAACAGUUGGGACCCCAAGUUGAGGCCCUCGAGGGCUACACGGUCUACAUAGGCCCAACGCCCGGCAGCACCUGUGCUCUCAUCAAUGACUGGGUGGCUCAGAGUAAACUGGUCCAGGCGGCCUACGGUAGCCUUCGGCAAAUAGAUUAUGCAUGCGUGGCUGACUCCUUAGUCCGGUACUAUGCCAAGACUGCACCAAGAAAGUCGGCACCAGGGAUGCGUUACAAUUUGUCUGCUGUGACUAUCGGCAUCCCCAACGAAGGGCUCUACAGACCGCUGCACAGUUUCCUACGACAACGCGGUUGGAGGAAUAUCGCCAUCCUGUAUGAGCGGAGUACGCUGGCGUUGCAGAAUGCUGGUGUCAGCGAAACCAUUGCCUUCCUCAUUACGCAUGCUAAUGGAGAUGAGGAGAACAUGAACGUGUUUUUUACGGGCAGUUUUCAGUGGGGCAUGAAGGACAUGCCAAUCAUUCAAAAGGGGCAGGUUGCCAUUGUGAUAUUUGACUCCGGGAACGUACUCACCUAUGACAUAAUGCGUCUCUACAAACUGAUGCUGGGAAAAGAGCCAAAUCUGGGAGCGGCUGCACAGAGCACCUUCCUCAUGACAGGACUGCCUUCAACCUCUGUUUACGACAUCGGAUCGAAGUUGUUGAACUCGAAUAUCAGCGUGCCUGUGGCCAUAGCUACCGGAAUGGCCGUUGGACUGACCUAUCUCAACUUGAAGGCCAACGACAACACAAUUCCCGAGGAGACGGAUUUCUUCAGCACUAUCAUGUGCGGAAUAGAGAAGUUUCCUAUCCUCCCCAAUCUAACCCUUUACUUCGGUCGUGAAGACAGUAACUUUAUCAUGCCCUACGAUUACUACUUUUUGGGCUUUUCCGAAAACGUCACCCAGAACAACGUAAGUGUGAUUGGAGCGAAUUUUGAUGAGAUAUUCAUCCUCCACAGCAUCCUGCUCUGGCCGCGGGAUAGCCUUGAUGAUAUUGAGAUUAAAGUCUGGCCCGGUGGGAGCUCUGGUCCGGAGGCCGACCACUGUCUGCAAAGCUUAUGCUAUACCGGUAACUUUGAGCUUGGCCUGCUGUCCCCUAUACAGAUCGCCUUAGUGACGAGCACUCUUCUCACGAUCUUCGUUAUCGGCUGCUUCUUCGAGUAA